CAUCCUGGUUGUUGAAGAGUUGAGUGUAGUAUGCAUUCCUCACCUCAUCACUGUGUUCCCUCUCUUCUCUAUGUGACUCGCACUCACAACAACACAUUCUCACUCUCUCCCAAACCCUAACUCUUCGAUUCCCAAUCAAUGGCCAUCCUCUCUCAAUCCACUGCCAGUUUUUCACCUUCCUUCGUCUCCACUCGCUCCGAUUUCACUCGCCUCACUCGCUUCCCCUGCCGCGUCACCUUCCGCCGCGGCCUCGCCGUCUCCUCCUGCUUCAACUCCUCCAAGUCCCCUGGCGCCGGGGGGUUCCUCUCGCCGGACAACGGCGGCGAAGUCUCAUACGAGCUGCACCACGACUUCUCGCCGCAACGCCGCCGAAGUGGCUCGCCGGUGUUCGUUACGCUGCCGGUGAAUUCCGUCAGCCGGGAGGGCGGCCGAGUCUUGAGGCCCAAGGCGAUGAUGUUCUCGCUCAAGGCGCUCGCCUCGGCCGGCGUCGAAGGUGUCGUUGUCGAGAUUUGGUGGGGCUUGGUUGAGAAGAACAAACCUAGGGUUUACUACUGGAGAGGGUACGAGGAACUUGUUGCGAUGGCAUGCAAGUGCGGCCUCAAAGUUCGAGCGGUUCUCGCGUUUCAUCAGCAUGGCGCGGGACCUGAUGAUCCCAAUUGGAUACCGCUUCCUCUAUGGGUGCUUGAUGAGAUAAAGAAAGAUGUCGAGUUAGCAUAUUGUGACCGGUUUGGAAGAAGAAAUAUCGAAUAUAUUUCCCUUGGAUGUGAUAUUCUUCCUGUGCUGUGUGGGCGUUCUCCUAUUCAAGUGUAUGCUGAUUUUAUGAGGAAUUUUAGGGACACUUUCAGGUCUUUGCUUGGUGUUAUAAUUACAGGUGUACAGAUUGGCAUGGGUCCUGGUGGUGAACUAAGAUAUCCUUCCUUCUCUCCACAAGAGCCGAAUUUGGCAUGGUCUCAAGAACUUGGAGAAUUUCAAUGCUAUGAUAAGUAUAUGCUUGCUUCUCUGAAUGCCUCUGCAAGAAAUAUUGGAAUGCGUGAAUGGGGAAAUGGUGGCCCAUUUGGUGCUGGAAGUUUGAUGCAAAAUCUUGAGCAUACUGAUUUUUUCAAAAAUGAUGGUGGUUCUUGGGACACACCAUAUGGUAAAUUUUUCCUUGAAUGGUACUCAGGUAUGUUGCUGCUGCAUGGGGAAAGGAUUUGUAGGGAAGCUGAAACUAUAUUUAGGGGUACAGAGGUCCAUAUAUCAGCAAAAUUGGCUGUCAUUCACUGGCACUAUGUCACACAAUCCCAUCCAUCAGAGUUAACUGCUGGCUAUUAUAAUACUUUUAACCGGGAUGGAUACUUAUCCAUUGCUCGCAUGUUUAGUAAGUAUGGAUUCUCAAUGUGCUGCUCCUGUUUUGAAAUGCAAGAUGCAGUAAUGCAGAAGAUCAAUCCAGAUGGUAGCCCUGAAGGUUUUCUUAGACAGCUUUUGUUGGCUGCUAGACUCUGUGACCUAGCACUUGAAGGUCAAAAUUUUUCAACUAAUUUGGAUGAUGGUGCAUUUACCCAGGUGCUGAAGAUGUCAAAAUUUUACUCGAAUGGGAUAGAGAAGCGGCCUUUCUCGUUCAACUUUGUAAGAAUGGAUAAAAGAUUGUUUGAAUCCCGAAAUUGGGAUCGGUUUACUCGUUUUGUAAGACAAAUGUCUAAUGGAAAUAUUUUUCGAGCCAGAUUAUAUUCUGUUGGUGACACACGGUUUAAGACCGCACCAGUGAUGCCAGAGGCGAGAUUGUUGUACCACCUAUAUCAGUACUCUUGAAACCAGUCUUGACCUUUGUUCUUUAGGCCUAUUUAAUAUCACUGCAUUCGUUGCAAGAAAAUCUGAUGACCUCUGGUCUAAUGUUGUGAAAUGUGUAGUAACUGCUGAUUCUUCAAAUGAUUCUUUUAUUGCUUUCCGGCAAGAAGUUACUUCCCCUAAGGUAAACACAUUAUAUUUGCCUUCCAGUUUUUUUAGAUGGGUGGCAUGUUAUAUACUUAACUGUAUUUGGAGUGGACAGAGAUAUAAUUUAAAACUAGUUACUGCUGAAA